AUGCAUACAAGACAAGCAAAACUAUUUGAAUCUGGUGGUGAGACAGUAAAGAGAAAUUUGUUGGAAAGUUAUUCUAUGUAGAAUCGUAAGACAAAUAAUAAUGAAGAUUAGUAGUUAAGGGAAUAAGUUGAGAGAUUAACAAAUGAAUUAAUAAAUUAAAAGAAUAAGAAUAAAAUAAUAGUGUAUGAAGAUAAGUAGAUACAAUGUGAAGAUAAGAGAUAGGAAUUAUUUAAUGAGAUAAUAAAAUAGAAAGAUAGAUCAAUUGAGUAAUAUGAGAAAUAGAUUUUGAGUUUUAAGAACAUGAUGUUAUAAUCUAAUUAAUAGAAAAAGGAAUUGUUAUUGAAAUUAGAGAAAUCUGAACUAAAGAGAAAAAGUUAGAUAUUAUAGAACUCUUAAAAUAUACAAACAGAUUUAAAUAAGAAUUAGCGUACUUAAACAUAGUAAACAGAGUUUGAUUUAGGUUUAAUCUUUGGAGUGAAAUAGAUGGAACCAAAAAUAUAGAUCAAAUAAUAAAUAUCACGAUUAGUUCAAACAGAAGGAAAAAAACAUGAAGAGAUAGAAAUAUUAAAUAGAGAUAAAAUGUAGAAGGAAUUAGAGUAAUAGAAAAUAAUUCUAAAAGAAUAAGAUUUAGAGUAUAGAAGAUUAAAGACAUAAGUUCUAUGUAGAUAGGAAAAUAUUAAUAAAGAAACUUAAAUUAUAGUGGAAUAGAAGGAUUAGAGUAUUUAAGUUGAAGAUAUGUUAAGAGUUGAGAUGGAUAGAAUGGUUUAAGAAUGUUAAAGUUAAUUGGAGAAUUAGAAAUAGUUAAGGAAAUAAUAUAAUUAAUAAACAAUAGAUUUCAAUAUUUUAAAAAAGUAAUAUGAUGAAUUGGUAAAUGAUUAUUAUUUUAUUUAAUCUGAGAGUAAGGUAAAUGAAAAGAAAAUAAAAGAAUUAAAUGAAGAAAUAGAUUAAUUGAAGUAUGAAUUAUAAUCAAAAGAUCCAAGUGUAAGUAGUGCAGAAACUGUCACAUCACCAAAAGAUUCUCAAAAAAGUUUUAAGAAAAGAGGAUAUAAUUAAAAAAUUAAGAAUUAUGCUUAAGUUAAUUAUCUUAAUCCUCAAAAAAUUGAUGAAUUAAUUCUAAAACAAGAAGAAAAUUAGAAAUUGUUAAUUAAAAUAUCUGAAUUAAAGAAAGAAUUGGUUGAGAAUUAAAAAAACUUAAAAAUUAUUCAAGAAGAAUUACAUAUAAAAGAGUAAAUUUUAAUUGCUUAAAGUUAAGAGUUAUUAUAGUGUUAGUAAAAUCUAAAAGAAAUGAAGAUUAGAAUAGAAUCAGUAGAUCUUUUAGAAUAAAAACUUUAAGAAUAAGAAAGGAAAUAUACAGAAGAAAUUCAUUAAAUGACUUAGAAGUUGGCAAUUUUGAAUUCUGAUUAUUUAGGAAUGAAAGUUAUUAAUCAAACUUUACACUCUCAAAUAGAUAAAUUUUAGAAUAAAUCAAAAUAAUAAUUAUAAUCCCCAUGA